UCCCUUAACACUAUAAUCGUUUUUUAUCCCCCAGAAAUAUGUGUAAUUCUGUGAAUGUAAAACCCACACACCUCAAACUUUCAAUAUUCCUGUGUUAUAUUCCAAAAUUAAUGUAAACGUUGGAAUAUUGUAGUUAAUCUCCUGUUAGCUGUUUGUUUAAAUGUAUCAGUCAUGUUGUUUGUUUGUUGAGGCGCACCAUUUAUUGAUUUGUUGUAAAAACGAAUCAGAACUGAACUUGAUCACAAUAAUAGAUACAAUUCAUACCAAUUUUGGGAGGGAGUAAGGCAUCACAUGUUUUUAUUUGUAGGAAGUUGUUAAAUGAUAGCAAAAACCCUGUUACCUAAGAUUUAUUGCUCUGUAUUAUAAAUUGGAUUUUUAUUAUCCCCUAGGAAUUGUAAAAUUACCUGUCCCACAUUUUGGUUUUGUCAUGUUUGUAUCAUGAUGUUUUUGACCUUAACAGUCAUAUUCACACUAUGUUACAGAUAUUUGAAGGUGGGCAGAAAAUACAGAGUGGCAAGUCACCAUUAAGUAACUGGCUGUUGACAACCUAUACAGGCCAUGUUUCACAUUGUUGAGUUUCUGGAAACCCAAGAGGUUGAAGUAGUUCCAGCACUGUGGGUUGCAGAUGAUAUCUGUCAGUGGCCAGCUCACUACAAGCACGACGACUUAAUUAAAGCCAUAAGAAAUGAGGAGCAGCCUGAACACAUCUGGGAUGCAUUUAGUGUCCGAAUUCUAUAUACAGCUGAAAACUACAAAACCGCUCGUCUAAAACUCCCUCAAGCGGAAACCCACACUGAUCUUCAAACAGCAGAGGAAGAAGAGGAGGAUGUCCUCCCAAAAAAAAAGCGUAAAAGGCUCUCUUCUGCAUAGACUUCUUACGAAUCAAGAGAUGAUGAUGGAUCAACUCAAAGUCAUUCAGAUGACCAUGCAGAAAAUUCCUGGCGAACCUGCUGGUGGGCCGGAUCCCCUUGGCAGAGAUAUACUGCCGCUAAACGAUGUAACCUCCCUGCUGGCUCUGGAGAAACGUGUGAGGGAAGAGGCAGACCUUCAAAACAAAAUGAUUACUGCAUUGAGUGUCAUUGGAGGACUGGACGUUAAGGAUUGCAUUUGGCGAGUGAUGAAACACUGUUUUACCAACUCCCUUGCCAAACAGCUCAACUGGCGUGGCAUCAAUGGGAAAACAGCAUUCCACAGACUGCAACUUAAAGAUGUCAUUACUGGGACUGUCAGAAACAACAGGCUCACAGCGACAGCAACAGACCAAGAGGUAGAAUCCUACAUAAAAAAAUGGCUUCACCUUGCGGGCGACCGAGAUGGAGGUAGAAGAGAGAGAGAGAGGAACGAAGACGAGCUGUCCAAGAAACCUGCCUUCAAGAUUCUCAUGGGCCCAGUCAAGGAGGUCGAUAAAUCCAUCGAUAAAAUGUCCAGGUUGUUCCCUUGCCAAGGUCGGCAAAAGUUUGUUAAUUUUGGUUGAGCAGGGUUAGGUUUAACCCUAUGGUUCUACAAGUAUUCUGUUCUAGUUCUGUUUUCACAAGAAAAUCAAUAAAAUAAAUCUGAAAUGUCA